AUUCUGGCUGGUUGACCAGAUGGCGGCCGGCCCGCUGAAAUCCAAGCUGGAGUCCUGCAGCGAGAAGCCCAUCCGCCACGCGCCAGCCUUCUCCAUCUCCCACCGUGGAGGUCCGUUGCAAUUCCCGGAGCACAGCCGCGAAGGCAUGCUUGCUGGCGCGCGCAUGGGAGCCGGGAUCUUAGAAUGCGAUGUCGCGUUCACCAAGGACCGCCAGCUUGUCUGCCGUCACUCGCAGUGUGAUCUCCACACCACCACCAACAUUCUGCUGAUUCCGGAGCUGGCCGCGAAAUGCACCGUCCCGUUCCAGCCCGCGACGGCUUCAUCUUCCGCGACGGCGAAAUGCUGCACCUCCGACAUCACUCGGGAUGAAUUCCUCUCGCUGUGCGCGAAAAUGGACUCGUCCAACCCCAAUGCCACCACCCCGGCCGAAUACCAGUACGGCGGGCCCUACUGGCGCACGUCCCUGUAUGACAACUGCGCCACGACCGUGGACCACAAAUCCUACAUCAAGCUGGUCGACAGUCUGGGCUUGCAGUUCACGCCGGAGCUCAAGACCCCGCAGGUCGAAAUGCCCUUCCAGGGGAACUACACCCAGGAGAUGUACGCGCAGCAGCUGAUCGACGAGUACAAGCAACAGGGCAUCAAGCCCGCGCGUGUCUGGGCGCAGUCCUUCCUGGAAGCCGACAUCCUCUACUGGGUCCAACACGAGCCGGCGUUUGGCCGGCAAGCCGUUUACCUCGACCCUCGCGUGGACACUGCAGCUGGCUACCAGGAAGCCGUUGCGAACAUGCACCAGCUGGCUCAGCAGGGCGUCCGCAUCAUGGCCCCGCCCAUCUUCGCCUUGCUGAACACUUCCUCCGACGGCCGGGACAUUGUGCCCUCGUCCUAUGCGAUCGCCGCCAAGCAGGCCGGUCUGGAUAUCAUCACCUGGUCCCUGGAGCGAUCGGGUCCGCUGAAGCAGGCAGCAGCCGCCGGCGAAUACUACGUGCACUCCAUUGCCAGCGCGAUCAAGGGCGAUGGAGAUAUGUAUCGGAUUGUGGAUGUGUUGGCGCGCAAGGUCGGCGUGAUUGGGAUUUUCUCGGACUGGCCUGCAACGGUGACAUACUAUGCGAAUUGCAUGGGGUUCAACUGAUCUUGUAUUCCGAGAUAACUAUUCCUAG